UCAGAGUCCCCGGCUGGUAGUUAGGAGUCCUGGAAAGUCUUUGGACCACCCCGGAUAGUCCGAUGGAGGCUUCCUAUUGGUUUGAUAGUAGGUGAGGUGUUAUGUGUCCCACGCAGCAGCAGCGAUCUGAACGCAGCACAGUAGCCAACUUUUCUCCAAGAAAAGUGGGAAUUUCCCAAUGAUUUGAAUCAGUGAAAUGAAUUAAAAUGUCUGUGAUGUAGAAAGGUGGGUAGAAACUUUCAUUACUUUUGUUAUUAUGGAGAGGACAGACUCGGGGGAGGUGUUUACUUUAGUUCCGUGGAUGUGUGUGGGUUUCUGAGUAGUUGGCGACUGGUUUGAGUUUGGGAACUAAAACAGAAAAAAACAAACAAACAAACAGAUAAUGUCUGAAGUGAAGGAAAACGCAGAGCAGCCAGUAGUGAAAUCUGAACCGAAUGAGUUCUCUGUGAACCCGAGAGCGGUUUGCAAGGCGUGUAAACGUUUGUACCGUGACCCGAAGAUCCUGCCCUGCCUGCACACUUUCUGCUCCGACUGCAUCAGCCAGCUGGAGCCGUUUUCCGCGUCUCCGCGCAGCCGCCACCGGGACGGCCCGGAGGAGGAAGGGGGCGGCGAGGCGGCGGCGGAGGCGGACGGACACGCCGUCACGGUAACGGUGCUCUGCCCCGAGUGUGACUCCGAGGUGGACGUGCCUCCUUCGGGGCCAGCCGGGCUGAGCACCGACCACCUGGCGCUGGACGAAGUUUUCCUGGAGACCCUGGUGACGGACGGCCCGCUGGGAUGCGACCUGUGCGGGGAGGGCGGCGCUGGGAGCCGCUGUGAGGUGUGCUGCGUCAACCUGUGCGAGUUCUGCUGCCAGGCGCACAGGCGUCAGAAGAGAACAGCGUCCCACUCCAUUCAGUCCCUGGAGGAGCUGAAGGCUCGUGGUCGCCUCUGCCGCCCCGUCCUCUGCUGCCUCCACCCCGGCCAGGAGCUCCGGCUCUUCUGUCAGCUGUGCGACCUGCCCGUCUGCCUGGAGUGCGCCGCCACGCUGCACCGCGACCACCGCUGCUGCCCCGCCCACGAUGUCAUCGAUCGUCACGGAGACCGCAUCCGAGAGCUGGUCGCCGCGCACCUGCGACCUCGACUGGAGCGUCUGGAGGAGUCGCUGCAGAAGGUGGAUGCGUCUCAGGAGAGUCUGCAGGCCCGAGUGGAGGCCACAGCCAACGAGGUGAGGGCGUUUGCACGAGGCUACGCCAGCGCCGUCGAAGCUCACUGCGUGUCUCUGCUGCGACACCUGGAGGAGCUCCGUGUCCAACGGAGGAACCACCUCCACCUGCAGAGGGCGCAGCUGCAGCAGGCCCUGCUGGACGUCCGAGGCUCCGUGGAGUUCGCCGAGCGCCUGCUGAGCUGCGGGUCCCAUACGGAGAUCCUCAGCGUCAAAGGAGUGACCCUGAGGCGGCUGACCAGCCUGGCAGAGAGCGGUUACGACCCCCACCCGGCGGCGGUUGCCCCUGACGAUGGCAGCAGUAUUUGCUUCAUGCCCAGGGCGCCGGCGGGGGAGGUGGAGGGUUACCCGGUGAUUGGGGUGAUCAACUCUAAAACAGUGGACGUCAGCAGAUGCACCGUCGAAGGAGAAGGUCUGCAGCGGGCCAGGGAGGGCCAGCGGGGUCGCUUCACCCUGAUGUGCCGAGACUCAGCCGGAGAGCAGAUGUCCCGAGGCGGAGAGCACGUCCUCGUCAGCAUCGUCCACAAGGAGAAGAAGAACUGCACAGUCGAGGCGAGAGUGGCUGACAACAACGAUGGAUCUUACGAUGUUUCGUACACACCUGAAGAGCCAGGAUCCUAUUCUGUGUGGGUCUGUGUCAAGGCCCAACACAUCAAGGGUUCUCCGUUCAUUCUGAGCGUGAAGAGGAAGCUGAGACGUCACAGCGGGACGUUUCACUGCUGCUCCUUCUGCUCCAGUGGAGGAGCCAAAGAGGCUCGCUGUGGUUGCCCAGGAACGAUGCCAGGCGGAUUUAAAGGCUGCGGCCACGGACAUAAAGGACACCCAGGGAAGCCCCACUGGUCCUGCUGUGGCAGCACCGUGGAGCAGUCCGAGUGUUUGCCUCGGAGCGUGACGGCGGCACUUUCCCCUCGCGGCCACCUGCGGACUGUUGAGCUCUGAGCGAGAUCUGUCAGGAUCUGUCAGGAUCUGUUCAUAAAACACGGCUGCAGCUUCAAAGUUCGGAGCAGCCGGAGAGAAAGGUUCAGGUUGUUGUGAAAGACAAACUGAAGACACGGUUUGGUAACUCUCAGCCUAAUUGUGAUACAGUAGCUUCCAGCUUCCUAUUAGAAACUAACAAGGAAGACAAACACCAAAGUGUCAGCUUAAAGCCUCUAAUCUAUGUGGUAAAGUGCCUUUUUCCUUUUUCUCCAGCUCUGUCUACAUAAGAUAAGACGGGGGAGGAAGAAAAGCUGCUCGUGUCUCCUCCUAAAUCAAAAGAAUAAAAAGCCUCUCCGCACAGAGGAGACACAGUUUAGUCUCACAUUUCUUUCACCAUCUUUCUUUAACCUACUGUUAUUUACCAGGUGCUAACUUUCUGAUUUAUUAGAGACAUAAGAACAAGGAUAAAAAAUAACUGAUGAAAUAAUUAGUAUUUAUUUUUAUCUUUCAUUCAGAGGAAAUAAUCAAAGAUGCUGUAAAAUAUUAUGCGAUGAAUGCAAUGAAAAAGGGCUGUGAUCAAAAAUACAUUUCAAGUUAAUUUGUUGUUGCAGAAACUGGAUAAAUGAAAAUAUAAAAAAUAUUAAUUAAAGUUAACACAAAGUGGAUUUGUUUGUAGCCAAAGAGGUCAAGCACAGAACUAAUAUACAGCUGUAGUUUUUUUUAGCAGCCUGCAGGAUGCAGCAUAACGUCCAGAGUAUUACAUAAAAGCAAAUCACAGUGACCUGUAGUAUUAGCUGUAACACUAAUAAUGUACUGUGUAGUAUGUGCACUGAACUUUUUUUAAGUAUUAACAACAGAGUUGGUUCUUUGUGUGGAAUAAUAACCAAACAGGUUCUUAGUCACCUCCCACACACUUUGUUAAAAUGCUUCUUUGUGGUUCUGAUUCUGUUGGUUCUGAUGAUAUUUUACUUCUGAGCUGAUAACGUUCAUGAUCGUCUGAAUCUCUGCUUGUAUAUAUUUUUGUUUUUAUGUUUUUUCAUUCAUGAAUGAAUCACUGAGUGAAGACGGGUCCAAGGAAACGGAGCUGGGAUGUCUGUAACCUUAAAAACCUCUUUUGUUACGUACCUUACGCUGCCUGUGUGUGCACCUAUCAGCCAUAACAUUAUGACUGACUGUGUCCUGUGGAGUCUGGAUCAGGCUCAUUUUAAUCAGAACAUCCAUGUAAACUUGGCCAGUUUUAAAACAAUGAAGAACAUUUUCCUCCGUGGCUUUUAUCUGAGUGCAGUCAGCCUCCUCUUCAACUUGUUUCUCUCUGGUGUUUGUGUCACAGCACCGACCUCCAUCCAGCCACUUAACGCCUUUGUGUGUUUUCUUUAUUCUAGAUGUGAUGUUUAGUGUAAGUGCCUGUAUGUACAUACGCCUACAUGUGGAGAUGAAUAGACUAGAACUACACAAACACUUUUUUAUUGGUCCAAGAUCUACUCUCUGUCUACUACUGUAUCCAUCUGUAUGUUAACGUAUUAUCAGAUACCGUCUCCUUUACCAAGAAAUAAACAUUUAUUUGUCUGUUCUCA